AUGACAUGGAGUAUACGAUCAUUUAACAUAGUCAUAUGUGGAUUUUACCCUUCUCGUCAACAACAGGAAGAUUGGGAAGGCGGUUCUUCUAGGGUUCGAUCGAUCAAAUAUCCUUCAACAAAUUCUGAAGUCGGAUAUGUUCAUUUGACUUUGGCCGUUAAAACAAGAAUGUCGUUCUCAACAGAUGGUUCAUUGAGUAUAGAUGUUUUCCAUAAAGGAGUGUUUGUUCCUAAACCCUUGAUGUACUUCAAUCCUGAUAAGACUUCUGUCACAGAGGUAGACUUACAAAACAUGGAGUUCAAGGACUUCAUUAUCUACAUCCGUAAUUUGACGAAGGGUAUGUGUCGUGAUAUGUACUACUUUCUUCCAAAUCGGGCUAUAGUAGAUGGGUUGAGGGAGCUGAGAGAUGAAGAUGAUUAUGUGAGGUUUCUUGAUGCUGGAUAUAAAAAUGGGAGAGGAAUCAGUAUCUACAUUGAUCACGACCACGAGCCACUUAUGCAAUGGAUUGAAGAAGAGAUAGCCGAAGAUGGAGUGUACGGUGAUAGUGAUCCAUGUUCUGAUGAUGUGGACUCGGUGAUGUCAGAUGAUAUAUCGGUAGACCAUGAAGUUAAUGAUGAGGUUAUAGAAAUUCCUAAAUCUGUUGAUCCUUUUUUAUCCAAGAAAAAUCUUAUUCUAGAAGGAGGGAUAGCUGAGGAAGUUGAUGAUGAGGUCCACUACUUUCCUAUUCAUGAUCCCGACCAGAAAUGGGACACAAUGGGUUUGGUAGAAGCUGUUAAAGAAAGAGCACCAGCAUAUGAACAACUACCUGAGGAGGUUGGGGGUGAAGAAGAAGUGGUUGCUGAAGAGGUUAGGGCUGAAGAAGAAGUGGCUGCUGAGGAGGUUGGGGUUGAAGAAGAAGUGGCUGCAGAAGAGGUUAGGGUUGAAGAAGAAGUGGCUGCUGAGGAGGUUGGGGUUGAAGAACAAGUGGUUGCUGAGGAAGUUGUUGAACAAAUGGUGGCUGAUGAAUAA